GUUUCUGCGCACAGGUGUCUUUUUUGUGGGAAAAGGAAGCAAUUGUGGUUACAAGAAUAAGAAAGUGAUUAUUUUUAUAAACUUUUGUUAGGAAUUAUAAUUAAAUGGAAAUGACGAAACGAGCCUGUCCCUUCGAAUCUGACGUCGGUCGUCAAUUAAAAGUUCACGUAGGACAAAAAGAAGUGAAUAGUGGAGUUCUUAAAGAAAAACAAAUGCAGAGCGUUUAUGACCGAACCAUGAAUCUGUUGAGAGAAGGAGCCAAAACCAUGGCUCUAAACACAUCCGCCGAUGACAUCAAACUCAAUACCUCAAAUAUAAAAUGCAAUAGUGUUGAUGCAACAAAACUGAAGCAGACCUUCCUGAAUAACAUGUUACAGAUAGAAACCACCGGGACAGAAUCUCAGAAUUUUGCGGUUGCUUUAUGUGGAUGCUGUCGUAUUAUCGAUUCACAGUCUCAAUGCAAUCGGUGCGAUCAGAUUUUGUGCACUACUUGCCUUACCGAAUGCGCAGAUUGUCUGGGAAGUUUUUGCCAAAAUUGUUCGUUGCUGAUAUAUGAUAAUGAUGAGAGAAGUCUCUGUCUGGAUUGUUACCGUUGAUGUCUUUUGAAUGCUGGAAGUGUUGCAAUUUUGAUGGAAUCUAUAAAGUGGGUCGUUAUUUUUCAGUCAUAUUUUAAUGUUAGAUUCAAUCGUUCCUGCCUAUUAUGUAAUUUUAUAUUAAACUUUAGAACCUAGAUUAUGUAAUUUUAUAGUGUAUAUUUUGUCUAAAUAAUAUUUUUUGUACACAAAA